AUGUCCGGCUUCAAGGAAGGGAGUGCGGCUUCUGGCGCCCAACAGUUGUCUGAUCGUAAGGCCACACGGCAGAAAACCUUGGUAAACAAAGAGAAAAUUCAACAACUCGAGUCAUUCAUAUCCGUAAGUUGUGCCCAGCAUGUUCCGGAGCCACAACGUGGUACCAACGUCAGGAAAGUAUUGGAUGAGUUAAGCUGCAUACAGCCUUCACUUUCGGGUAUAGUUCUGAUGGUGCGACGAUAUUUGAAGGAACUUUCGGCAUCGGGUGAGAGUGUACAGGAAUCGCAUCGAAUGGAAAUAAAGAAUUUAGAGCAGAAUAUCUACAAGAAGUAUGAGUCAUUUUUCGAGGAGAAAAUACUUCAGCUUAUCCGUGACAAGAGGAAGUCAGAGUCAACCUGCAAACAACUUCGUGAUGAGAUUCUAAUGCUGAGAAAAGAGCGAGAUGAAGAACUGAUGAAGGCCAAAGAAACGGUAAUGUUGCGGUUAAAUGAGUGCCAGCGAAAAGAAGAUGAGUUUAGCUCGUUCAGAAAAUUAAUAGCUUCGGUUUUCAAAACAAACGAGAGUCUUGUUAACCGUGUUGAGGAUUUGGAAACACUUCUGCGAAAGCAUCGUAUUGAAGUCCCACGCGCGGGUGAAGACCUUUAUACGUACAGCAAGCCAAAAAGUGAAGAUACUUCAAAACGACGCGAGGAAGACGGCGUGAGGAAAAUCCAGAGCCAGGUGUCGCUGAGCUUUAUGGAGGCAUCUAGGGAAGAGAUGAAUCUUGCACGUCUUUCCCUGCAGCGUGAGCUUCUAAACAGUGCAUUUGAUGAUAGGACGGCGUACCGUAUUCAAGUGAAUGGAUUAAAGAAUGACAAUUCUUCUUUACGCACACAAAUUGAAAUAUUGCAGGAUCAGGUCCUUGAUCUCGAAAAGUACAUUCACGAAAAACGUUUCGUGUCAGCCCUCGGAGAGGGUGGUGAAGUCCCCUUGACUCCAAGACCAAGGGAUGUUUCUUUUGCUGUUCAAACAGAUCUUGGUAUUGACUUGAAGAACUCAACCGCUCAGGUUGUUGCGGAACUUGCAGCAGUAGGGACAAAUCUCAAGCAUCAGUUAAACUCGGCUGUUAUGGCUCUUCGACAAUUGACAUCGGCGGUGGAGUGGAUGGAAGAGGAAACUGUGCUGAAAGUUGCAGAACACAGUAAUGUUCUGGGUGUCCUCCCAACAUUUGCAACUUCCCUAUGGGACAGUAUUCCUCACUUUCUGCGAACGCAUGUGGAGCCUAGUGUUCCUAAUCUUAGAUGGACUGAGACAGAAACUGCUACGUUGGUGUUUGACUUUUUCUCCAACUAUUCACACUUGAAGACGGCGUGUCGUGCAGAUCGAGAUUCAAAGAUGAUCGCUCCUCGCGUAUACCAGUUGUUUGAACGUUCUUCACAUCCUCUUGUCCGACUUGAUGCGACUGCGUCAGAAAUGCAGCAAAGUGAGAAUAAUAUUCCAUUUGGUUAUGUUGUGUCCUAUUUUAUUUCUAAAAUACUCAAGACAGCCACGUCGGAGUGUCCUCACUCCAAGCUGCUUCAAUCAGGUACUCUCAAUCCAGCAUUUCUUCACAACGGCAUUAGCGAUCCUGUGGAAAUGGAAUUUGGAAAGUUCAGCUAUAAUUUAUGGUACUCCACUCACCGGUACAAGGAACAACAGCCAUUGUGCCGUCUGUUUGUAGAUGUUGUGGAUGGAAGAUUACCUGUUCAGCUUUUUGAUACUAUGCAAAGGGUAUUACUUUUUGUGGAGACCCGCAUUCGAAAAUUUGAUUCUGACGGAAGUAAUUCCUUUACAUACAACAAAUUGGUUAGCUCGGUACUCAAACUUGUUGCGGAUAUGGAUGCCCAUGUUGGACGCUGUGUUACUCUUUCAGUGAUGGAAACCUUCAAAACAAAUCAGAUUCCACUGGUUGGUGGACGUAUUUUCCUUCCGGCCAUUCUGGCAGAUGAAACGUGUGUGGAACGAUCUGAUGUUCCGAGGUCUUCUCGGCAUCGAUCAAUAGUUGGUAUGCGUAUGUCAAGAAAAAGCAAUAUUUCUGAGCAGCCGCAAGGAGCCUCGGUACUGACACGUUUUUGGCGCAGGUUGAUUAUUCAACGCCACGAGAGAGUGUACAAUUUGUUAGAGAGAGUUCUUGGGCCGCUUGUCGUGGAGAGCCAGGUUGUUAUUGGUGUGUUUCUACUGCCCGUCCCAGUAGCUUUGGAGGCCGUAAAGGAAUUUGAUGAGAACCGUCUCAACCUUACAGCGGAAUAUCUAGCUGAAAGGUACCCGUCUCUUCCAGAGCAUGAUAUUAAAAUUCCUGGAGAGUCGUUGCGAGAAUCAGAGGCUCCAGCGGCGCCUACUUUUACAGAAAAAUACUCGAAUGUUUUAGGCGAGCGGAGAUUUUCUCUACGAGAGUUCAAAGAUAUUUCUCUGGAACAAUUGUUGGUUACUGCCUUGGAAGGGGUGCAACGAUUCAGUCGUUCGGUGCAUUUCCCCGUUGCUGCUCAGCAUCGGGCCGUGCCAUCCUUAGGUGCGCCUCUUCCUGAUGCUGUGGAUCCACCGAAGGAUGCGCAAACAGAGAAUGAAUCACCACAGAUAAAGAACACCAACAACAAGAAGGCUACUAAACAGAAAUCCAAAGGGAAAAAGAAGCUGGGGGCAUCUAGAUCUGUGGAACGAAAGCGCAAGACACCUUCGCCUCCACCGCCUGAGGAUGCUAUUCCAACACAGAUGACGGUCAACUCCGACAAGGAAAUGGUAGAGUGGUACGGCCUCUGCUUGGCGAUACGGCAAAGUACCCUUACGCUACCCGAGAGCAUUUUCGUCGACGAAAAGGUAUCUCAUCCAGAAAAAACACCCCUCGUGAGCGCAUUGGUUUCUUUGCCUCGGCUUGAAGCUGAGGAGUCGUGGCCGUGCCGGUCCUCAUGA